AUGCCUUCCUACUCUAUCCAACCUCAACCGAGAAAGGACAUCUAUCAAUAUUUAUAUCCAGUAACACGAAAUUAUGCUAAACCAUGGGUUGCUGCUAUCAUUAUGAUGUGUACUAUCAUUAUUCCGUGCGGUUUAUUAGCAAUUACCUUGGGAUAUUAUCCUGUUCGUGUUGAAAUUUCAUUGCAAGCAUUUGAAAUAACUAAUCAUCCUACCUACAUUCGGAGAGAAGCUUUGAGAGUAGCAACAACCAAUUUUUAUAAGGAGAAUACAAAUACGAAGAAGAGAAGUUUGUCAAUCACUGAAGAGAGUCUUAACAGUACUCAACAUUGGCAGAACUUCUACGAUUUUAAUUCAUGGAAUCGUCAGCGUCGAAGGAUUGAUUUGGAGCGAACCUUUGAUUAUAAUCAGUUAUACCAUCAUAAUAAAAGGAAGGAAAGGGCUCCUUCUGAUCAAUUCUCUCAGUCUUUUGCUAUUUGGGUUAUGGACUUAGUCUAUGUUGCCCAAGGAGGCGAUGAUCAUGGUCAAAAUAUAUUUACUGCGCAGCGUUUACUCGAUAUACGCGGAAUUGAAAGAAAGAUUAUUAAUCACCCUGGUUUUACCAAUUUCUGUUGGCGUUCAUAUCAGUCUUUUAACAAUGAAAGAUUGAAGGAUAUCAACUAUUGUAUGCCAUUAAAUAGUCUAACAACUUAUUUUUUUCCAUCACAAACUCCACAUGGAUUAAAAUUUGACGGACAGGGUGAUAAACUGGCGAAUAUACCAGGGACAUUACGUUAUAUCUUAUCCAAGCGUGAAUCUUAUUGGUAUUUCGAUAGUAAUAUUAAUGAAGAAAAUGGCAGCCGAUUAUUACGUGCUCAGGCUAUUUUUGGUAUACCUUUACAUGGCUACAAUGGGCCUUAUGAUCAAUUUUACAAGCAGCGUGAAAAAUUUACCAAGUUUGUUGUCACAUACGUCGAUAUGUUAAGCAAGGCGUCAACUGAAAAUGUCCGCGUUCUUUAUGGUGGUCCACAAAUUUUUGAUUACGAAGUGAAUAGUGCUUUUUUUAAUGACAUCAAGUUGGCUGGAAUUAGUUUGGGAUUGAUUUUUAUAGUCUUCUUCAUUUUAACGUCAUUUUCUGUCUACUUAACCGUUAUCGGGUUACUUAGUAUUGUAUUAAGUUUUCCAAUUGCUUACUUUAUUCAUCGUGUUCUGGCUGGUAUACCGACCAUUGGCAUUUUAAAUGGAACCUCUUUGUUUGUUCUCAUUGGUAUUGGAGUGGAUGAUGUUUUUGUCUUUAUAAAUACAUUUCGGCAGACAAUUCACAUGAAGGAGUUAAGUAGAAGGCUAUCUUUUACUGUUAUCACGGCAGGCAAAGCUACCUUGUUUACUUCUUUUACAACUGCUGUAGCUUUCGCAGCUAAUACACUUUCUGAGAUACCAGCGGUGCGCGACUUCGGUUUAUUUACUGCUCUGUUGGUUAUAGCCUGUUGGGUAAUUGAUAUUUUACUGAUGCCAUCUGCAUUAUGUAUAUGGUCACUAUACUUGGAAGAAAAAGAGAGUCGUUUUUCUAAUUGGCUGAUGCGUCGAAUUCGUUGCUGUAAAGCGUCAGCAUCUUCUUGGUUACCCCGCCUUCCAAGGGAUCUUGAGGCCCAUCUUUCUGAUACUAGUUAUAGAGAUGUUCCUACUAGGAAUGAAUGCAAUACUGAACUUUCAAGUGGUUUAACAAAUAUUGUUGAAAUUCCGGAUAUUUCUGAUGGUAGUGAAAUGAAGGAGAUUGGGCCAUACACAAGGGAAGAUUACAGAAAGAUCAUGGAAAAGAUAUCGGAAAACGGUGACGUUGAGAAUGAUGAAGGUGAAGGAGUCUCUAGCUUGGAUAGCCUACCUGAAUUAAUUCAACGAUUUAUAUAUUAUUAUAUUGCCAAAAGAGUAAUACAAGCGAAGAAAACUUGCAUUAUCAUAUUUACAGUUAUUCUUGUUGCUGCAGCAGCUGUAGUAUGUACACAGUUAAGAACUGCAACAAGAUUACCUGCUUUCUUUGGCGAAAGUACUAAUCUGCAAACAUUGAUAAACAUUCGUUACAACAUUACAAGUGAUUCGAAUCUCGAUUGCUUUACUUGUUCUGGUAUCUUUAUACCACCAAUGCCAGUGGUUACUAAUCCACCACCAACUACUGUAUCUACUACUGUUUCUCCUACUACAACGCCAACACCAACCACAUUUGCAUCCACUACACAGCCACUAACUACAACUCCUACUGUUUCGCAACAGAGUAGUAAUUCUACAAUUGAUAAUACGCAUGAAAGUACAACGCCUUCAACUUUUGCUUCAGAAGCCUCGACGUCCUCUUCAUCACCGUCACCUUUAAAGCCUAAUGUUACUGCACCUCUAUCGGAGACUACAACCUUUCGCGUAAGCACUAAAACACCAACGACUACCACAACUAAGAAGCCGGUGUCAACUUUAUCGUCAAGCUCCGAGGCUACACAUCAGUUUAUUACUACACCACCAUUGACAACUGCCGCAUCAACUGCUAAAACUGUGGCUACAGAUGAUCCGAGUAUAAAUCCAUGUAAAGAAGAUUGCAAUCCAAUUGUACAACCUCCAGCAAUGGAUAAUACCGCUAUUAUUAAUAUUGUUUUUGGAAUAAAAGGUAUCGACAACACUAAUGUCUCAUCGAAUAAUGGACCUGAGAAAACUGAGGGAACCGUAAUCUAUGAUCCUAAAUUUACUAUUGUUGAUAGUAUUACUGACUAUCGCAAUCUUAAACCAAAAACGAAAGCAACUUUAUUUGCUCUAUGUCGUAUAUGCAAAAAGAUCGCCAAUACUGAGAAAUUGGUAAAACAAGGAGGAGCGAAAUGUUUCCCUAACACCAUAUUAUUACUGUUGGAAGGUUACGUAAAAGGGGAUUGUAGUGGGCUACCUAGGCCUAAUUCUUUCGAUUCAAAUACGCCAGAUGCUGCAAUAGUUGGGAUAUCUAAGGAUAGAACUGCAAUAAAAUGGCUUUCAAUGGUCUUUAUUUCAAAAAUUUAUAUGGGCCAAUCCUCUUUUAUCUCGAAUGCAGACUAUCAGGAAUGGGAAAACUUGAUAAAAGGCAUUAAAGAGGAUCCUAAGAUGCCUAAUAGUGUUAAAUCAGUGUUUCAAACAAGUUCUUAUUGGCAGAGAGUUUUUAUUGAGGUUACUGCAGUUGGUGGAGCUAUUUAUGGUGUAGUUCUUUCUUUAACAUUAUGUAUUGGUUCCGUUGCCUUUUUUACUGGUAAUUUCUAUUUAACCUUAAUAAGCCUGAUUACUAUCACGUGCGUGGCUUUUUCUGUGACAUUCACAUUUUAUAUUGCUGGAUGGCAGUUGGGAAUGGUUGAAGCGGUUUCGUUAUCUAUAAUAGUUGGCACGUCUGUUGACUAUUGCGCACACUUAGUUGAAGGCUAUCUUAUUGCAGGAAGAAAGUUGCCGCAAAAAAUGAGUCUUAAAGAAUUGCGAGUGUGGCGGACAUCUUCAUCCAUGUCGCAUAUCGGUACCUCGAUAUUAAGUUCGGCGUUGACAACUAUCUUAGCUACUAUACCUCUGUGCUUUACUCAGAUACAGUUGUUGGCGAAAUUUGGGCAGAUCGUCGUCAUUAACACUCUCUUUUCUAUUAUUUAUACAUUGACAAUAUGUGCUGCUUUAUUGUCUUUCACUGGGCCCCCUAGAUUUAUCAUUUCUUUCAAAGCUAGUUCAAUCGCGUUGUUAAUUAUUUUAGUUAUCGUCGGUGUAAGCUUUCUUGUUCUGUAUAUUAUUCAUAUAGCUGCAAAUGUCACUAUUGUGGGUCCAUCUGGCAGACCACUAUUUCCUGGAUAUUAG